GUGUGUGUAGAGGAAGGGAGGAGGAGGGCCCGGUCAGACAGCAGCGUGGCUGCACCAGCAGCAGCAGUACCGCAGCAAAGACACAACUUGUCCAGCAGUCGAACCAGCAGUUCAGCUGCUCCUCAUAUAUACCAUCAUCCUCAGCUUGAGCUCUUCUGACUGGACAGAUUGGGACAUCUUUUUUUAUAUAACUGUGCGCCUUUACAACCCCACAACACGGGAGGAUUUAUUUAUUGUCGGUGUGGAGUAAAGGCUGCUGUCACGGAGGCUGACAGACAGACAGACGAGGAUAACAGCCUGCUUUACCGGAGCAGAGAGACACUAACCGGCCGGCCGUUGGGAGACUGGUGGCGGUUGCCUAGCAGGCUAGCAUUAGCCGUUGGAGAGAGAGAAGAGCCUCUCAGAGCAGCAUCCUCCAACACUUCACUGCGUCUGAACUCAGCUGGACAGCGUGAAGAUGGAUUGAAACAUGAAGGGUGGAACUGUCCCAUCAGCAACAUAGAGGAGGGUGUCUCUCUUUAGGUUGUGCUCUUCAGCUUAACUGUGUGACUGAGCUCGGAGACAGAGAGGAAGAUGCCUCCCAGGCCAUCCUCAGGGGAGCUAUGGGGCAUCCACUUGAUGCCUCCCAGGAUCCUGGUGGACUGCCUGCUGCCCAAUGGGAUGAUUCUGACCCUGGAGUGUCUCCGUGAGGCCACGCUCAUCACCAUCAAACAUGAGCUGUUCAAGGAGGCCAGGAAAUAUCCCCUCCACCACCUCCUACAGGAGGAGACGUCCUACAUCUUCGUCAGUGUUACACAGGAAGCAGAGCGGGAGGAGUUCUAUGAUGAGACUCGGAGGCUGUGUGACCUUCGACUCUUCCAGCCCUUCCUCAAGGUCAUUGAACCAGUUGGCAACAGAGAGGAAAAGAUCCUCAACAGAGAGAUUGGUUUUGCCAUCGGUAUGCCUGUGUGUGAGUUUGACCUCGUGAAGGAUCCCGAGGUUCAGGACUUCAGGAGAAACAUCCUGAAUGUUUGUAAAGACUCAGUGGAGCUGAGAGACGCCAGUGGGCCCCACAGUAGAGCACUGUAUGUUUACCCACCGAAUAUAGAAUCCACACCGGAACUUCCCAAACACAUCUAUAGCAAACUGGACAAAGGUCAGAUUAUUGUUGUGAUUUGGGUGAUUGUUUCUCCAAACAAUGACAAACAAAAGUACACAUUGAAGAUCAACCACGACUGUGUGCCUGAACAGGUGAUUGCAGAGGCCAUUCGUAAGAAGACACGCAGCAUGCUGCUGUCCCCAGAGCAGCUGAAGAUGUGUGUUCAGGAAUAUCAGGGUAAAUACAUCCUCAAGGUUUGUGGCUGUGAUGAGUACCUGCUGGAAAAGUACCCCAUCAGCCAGUAUAAGUAUAUCCGUAGUUGCAUCAUGCUGGGCAGGAUGCCUAACCUGAUGUUAAUGGCUAAGGACAGCCUAUACACUCAGUUGCCUACAGACAACUUUGUCAUGCCGUCAUACUCUCGACGCAUCUCCACGGCAACAUCCUAUAUGAAUGGCGAGGCAGCUACCAAGUCGCUGUGGACCAUCAACGGAACCCUGCGGAUACGAAUCCUCUGUGCCACCUAUGUUAACGUCAACAUACGGGACAUAGACAAGAUAUAUGUGAGAACAGGCAUUUACCAUGGAGGUGAACAGAUGUGUGACAAUGUCAACACACAGAGAGUACCCUGCUCUAACCCCAGGUGGAAUGAGUGGCUCACCUAUGAUAUGUACAUCCCAGACAUACCCCGCGCUGCUAGACUCUGCCUCUCCAUCUGCUCUGUCAAGGGCAGGAAGGGAGCCAAGGAGGAGCACUGUCCACUAGCUUGGGGUAAUAUCAACUUGUUUGACUACACUCACACUCUGGUGGCCAACAAGAUGGCUCUGAACCUCUGGCCUGUCCCUCAUGGCCUUGAAGACCUCCUCAACCCCAUAGGAGUCACAGGAUCCAACCCUAAUAAGGAAACCCCAUGUCUGGAGCUGGAGUUUGACCACUUCAGUAGUUCAGUCAAAUACCCAGAUAUGAAUGCAGUGGAGGAUCAUGCAAACUGGACCAUCUCAAGGGAACUGGGGUUUAACUACAACCUCUCUGGACAGAGCAACCGGUCGGCCAGAGAUCACGCCCUGACAGAGAGCGACACGGAGCAGUUGAGACAGCUGAGUAACAGAGACCCUCUUUCAGAAAUCACUGAGCAGGAGAAAGACUUCCUCUGGAGACACAGGCACUACUGCAUGAACAUCCCUGAAGUCCUUCCCAAGAUCCUUCUCGCUGUCAAAUGGAACUCCAGAGAUGAAGUAGCACAGAUGUACUGCCUGUUAAAAGAAUGGCCGUUUACCCGUCCUGAGCAGGCCAUGGAGCUGUUGGACUGUAACUAUCCAGACCCCAUGGUCCGGCACUUUGCUGUACGCUGCCUUGACAAAUACCUGACUGAUGAUAAACUGUCCCAGUACCUCAUCCAGCUUGUACAGGUAUUAAAAUAUGAGCAGUAUCUUGACAAUCCCCUGGCCCGCUUCCUCCUCAAAAAGGCCCUGACCAAUCAAAAGAUAGGUCAUUUCUUCUUCUGGCAUCUCAAGUCAGAAAUGCACAAUAAAACAGUGAGCCAGAGGUUUGGGCUGCUGUUAGAGGCUUACUGCAGGGCAUGUGGCAUGUACCUCAAACACCUGAGCAGGCAGGUAGAGGCCAUGGAGAAGCUCAUUAACCUCACUGACAUCCUUAAACAGGAGAAGAAGGAUGAGACGCAAAAGGUCCAGAUGCGGUUUCUUGUGGACCAGAUGAAGAGACCGGACUACAUGGAUGCUCUGCAGAACUACACCUCUCCUCUCAACCCUGCACACCAACUGGGAAACCUGAGGUUAGAUGAAUGCAGGAUCAUGUCAUCAGCAAAGAGACCGUUGUGGCUGAACUGGGAGAAUCCAGACAUCAUGUCAGAGCUGCUCUUUCAGAACAAUGAGAUCAUCUUCAAAAAUGGAGAUGACUUGCGGCAGGAUAUGCUGACGUUGCAGAUUAUAAAAAUCAUGGAGAAUAUUUGGCAGAAUCAGGGACUGGACCUUCGGAUGCUUCCCUACGGCUGUCUGUCAUUAGGAGACUGCGUGGGUCUCAUCGAGGUGGUUCGCAGCUCCCACACAAUCAUGCAGAUUCAGUGUAAAGGAGGCUUGAAAGGAGCCCUGCAGUUCAACUCAAACACUCUGCAUCAGUGGCUCAAGGACAAGAACAAGGGCGAGAUGUAUGACAUGGCUGUGGAUCUGUUUACGAGGUCCUGUGCUGGCUACUGUGUAGCUACAUUUAUCCUUGGGAUAGGAGACAGACACAACAGCAACAUUAUGGUCAAAGACGAUGGACAGUUGUUCCAUAUAGAUUUUGGCCAUUUCCUGGAUCAUAAGAAGAAGAAAUUUGGCUACAAGAGAGAGCGAGUGCCCUUUGUACUGACACAAGACUUCCUCAUCGUCAUCAGCAAGGGAUCCCAGGAGUGCGCAAAGACCAAAGAGUUUGAGAGGUUCCAGGAGAUGUGUUAUAAAGCCUACCUGGCCAUCCGGCAGCAUGCUAACCUCUUCAUUAACCUGUUCUCCAUGAUGCUGGGCUCUGGCAUGCCUGAACUGCAGUCAUUUGAUGACAUUGCGUACAUCAGGAAGACGCUGGCCCUGGAGAAAAGCGAACAGGAGGCGUUGGACUACUUUAUGAAACAGAUGAACGACGCUCACCAUGGAGGAUGGACCACCAAGAUGGACUGGAUAUUCCACACAAUUAGACAGCAUGCACUGAACUGAUCUCCCGCACACAAACAAAAAACACCAGGCCCACCAUGGAGUAACAGCUCACGGAUGAUGGAAGUUUGCAGCUUGAUUUUUUUUUUUUUUUUUUUUUCUAAACGAUGUUCCUGUUUUUUCUUUUUAUUGCCUUUUUUGUGGUCUUGAUGCCCUCACUCUACCCUCUACUUGUUCUGGGGUCUACAAGAGAGCGUUAUCCUCAUGUCCUGGUGAAGAUGUGCCCUAUCUGGCUGAUGCUUGCAUCCUUGGCUACUAUGUUUCCUCUGUUUUUUCCCCAACAGGGAAACAAUAACAAACUGGGCAACAAAAAAAAGUUUACCCCUUACCCUGCUGCUCUUGCUGGAAAAAUACAAAUUAGACAAAACAGCGUAAAGAAGAAGAAUCUGCUGAUCUAUGUAGCCACAAAGUAAGUUCAACUUGCUGCCCUUAUGCUGUAUUACUUCUGCACUGUGGCUCCACCUCAGAAAGGAGGUGCUUGGGAACCUUUUUUUUUUUCAUCUUAUCACUGGUGAGAACAUAGCGGGCACAAGGAACGUAUCUGACAUAAUAAGUGUUACUCAAAUUUGUUGCACAGUGCAGGAUUACUGGAGUAUGGGGGCUUCUAUGAUGGCUACCACUGCACAGUCUUCCACCAUCUUUGUGGUGAAGUUGCCCUCCUGAGCUGAUCUGGAGUCAGUUUUCCCACCUUUAAACUCUUUGUGAAGAAAUCAGCUCCACAGUCUCCCACGGCCUCUAUGAAAAAGCACUCCACCCAAGGGAACAUUUGUUGGUGGUGCAGCUUUAAACUCUCGCAUUAACUUCAGGGUGAUGCUGCCUCUCCAUCAAAAAAGAAAACAGCACUUAGAAAUACCAGAAUAAUAUAUAGAUUUAUUAUGACUUUUUGAAUUUAUUUAUGUAUCCAGUUUCUUUCAGUUUCAGAGGCAAAACUCAACUCUCCAGAAACACACCAUUGUUUGUGUAAAUAUAUACGGAGUAUUUUUUAGUUUUGCUCAUAUUAGUAUAUCAAGACUGCUGAUGUUUUUUUGUUUUUUUUCCUCUGUCACUUUAAAGUUAAACAUCUCAUUCGACCUUAUCAGUAGCUGCCCAAUUUGUGUUGUUGUGUCUAGUUUGCAGCCCUACUUGGAAUUUGUAAAAAAAAAAAAUGUUUGGGGAUGCAAAUUGGUAAGAAUGAAAGUGCCAGUCUCACAUUUUAUGAAUAAUGGGACCUAUUUUUAGCCUCUGGCUGUCUGUUUAGUUGGCGAGCAGAAGCCCAGGGGAAUGUCACGUCUUCCUGUUGAUAAAAUGCCUUGGCGUCACAGCACAACACUCCACAACACUGCACACUGCUAAGCCCUACAAACUCUGCCUAAACAAGUUGUAGUGAGCAAACCAUGACAAGACUAUUAACAUGGAAAGCUAGAUUUGACCUUCAUUGUGUAUUAUUUUUCAUUUCCAACCAUCUGAGGUUGAUGGACUUUAGCAUUUCUUCCAUUAGAAUAUCUUUAAAAUGUUGACUCAUGGACAAAAUGCAUUCUAACUUGUGUUCAUCACACAGCUGGGGUAUAUUUUUAUCCAGAACACCUUUCACUGAGCCCGUAACCUUGGCAGUAUUUGAGCCAGGCUCUCUGGUACCAUGCACUGUUUAAGCCAUGCUCUUUAUGUUAGAAGCUAACAUUUUACAGAUUAUUUUUUUCCCAGCAGAAACAUCUGAGCAUGUAGCUUUUUACCGUGAAAUGGCAGUUACAGCAACUUUAGUGAACCGAGAGAAACAGCGCAUGUGGGUGAGAUUUAGUCACAAGAGGGAUUUGAACAAAUCUUUGAAAUUUGAUAGGAUCGCUCAAAGGUGGGCAUGGCUUUGUGAACACAGGAGUUGGAGCUGUGGAGCACUGUUGAUCUCCACCCUCACCUGUUGAGGUUGAGGGGGAAGUUAAUUAAUUAGACGUCAGCUACAGUCUUUGUACACAAAUUUUUUUUUUUUACACAUUUGUCACAUAACAAGAGAUAACGGAACAAUUAACACCGGCGCAGGAUUACAGCUUGUUAAAUGAAUUUGUGUUUAAUUGUGUCUUUAAAGAAGACGAUAGUCGCUUUGUCUUUUGAGAUUGGAAAUUUUCAUAAAAAUGAUUGCUAUAAAAGGUGUUUUUAACGAUAAGCAGAGAACCCUGAGUGACAGUAAACUUAACGACUUUGUCAGUUGAAUUAAGAACUUCUCGUACGGUGUGCUUUGUUGAGGAGAGAAUGUAUUAUUUUACAAGAGAAGGUGCCUCAGAUCAGCCUCAUGAGCCCCCGACGCCUCCACUAUGUACCUAGAAAGACAUUUGGAUGUUAUCACUGAUUAUUAUCUUACAAUAUGAAACUCAAUCUGCCAGCACUUUGCCUGCUCAACCUUUGAUUGUAUUGAAAAGCCAAAGUGGUGGUCUGUCCUGAUGUGGCGCACGUGUGUGAUGUCAUAUCGUUGCAGCAUUAAUGGCUAGAAUGUAUUUAAUUGCUAACAUGGACCUUAUGUGCACUCAUCUUAUUUAUGUUUUUUGCAUCAUUCAUGUUUUUCUUUCUGAAGUCAGAUGCAGUGCCACUAAACAUAAACACAGUAGGUUAUAUCAGCAGAGAGCUCUUCUCUUCUUUUUCUUAAUGUGCCAAAUCAGGCAUCACUGAGGCCUGUGAAAGCUAAUGCUGGAAUCGCAUCGCGCAGUAUCAGGCAUAUCAGUUAUGGACGUAAAAUAAAAAGGUUGGGCUAUGCACUAAAAAAUUCUAGUUCUCAAUGCCUUUUUGUCCAGAAGGACUCUGUAAGAAGAAAGUUAGCCUAGUAUGCAUGUUUCUCAAGCAGCAUAAUAACCAGUAUGUAUGAUGUAGAUUUUGAAGCAGCAUUAAGCAGUAUAUAUGUACAGUUACAGUCCAACCUCUUUUUCUAUGGUGGUUCGUGUGCAUUAAUUGUCUUUCUGUACAGGUUGCAGAGCUUCAUUGGCAGGCCCCAAUGAAAACCCACACUGUAUGUAUGUACAUGUCCAUGUGUCUGUGUGUGAUGACACUUAACUGUUGAAGUGGUGGUCUCUUUAAAUGUUUUGUAAGCCUUUCCCCCCCCCCACUGGCUGGUCUGUGCCAGAGAAGGAAAAGCAAAAACAAAAUGUGGAAGUGUUUUGCUUCGUUUGUAAAAGAGGGGGAACUUUUUUCAUACAUAAGUUGUAAAUGUUUUACUUGAAAUGUCACAAAUCAGAACCACAGAUGUAUUUUGUUGGUUUUAAAGUUGCAAUGGGGCGUAGUGCAUUGUCUAUUUAGAACUGAUUGUGUGUGUAUUGUACUGUACGUAAGCACCGAAGGUUGAAGCAUUGUGUACAGGCUAUUUGCUUGAUACUGGCAGUGAAUGUUAUUAAUGUCACAGUCCUAUACAUCAGAGUGACGACACAAGUGCUUUUUGAACUAAUGAAGGCUGUGCUCGAGUCCAAAUUUCAGUUCAGGUGCAGUGAGAACUAUGAUGAAGUAUCUUACAGGGUUUACUAGGAUUUAAUAAUCUUAGAUUUUCAUCCUCAACCUCAAAAUCAUAAGAAUUACGUCCAGCAGCUAAGUGAUAGUUCUCACGUCUUCUCAGAGCAUGUUUGAUUGUUGGAAAAUUCUCCUGGUCUCCAACUUUGGCACUGUAUUGGUGCAGGAAUAAUAAUUGUUGCACUAGUUUUUCCUCCUUUAAGUAAAGGCGUUUGAUGGAUGGCACCCAUGAUUUAUCUCUUUUAACUGUCAAAAAGCUCAACAAUGAAAACACAGGCUGGUAUUUACACAUCUGUCUGACUGGAUGGAUCAACAAUCUGCAGGAGAUUGAGUAUCACAUAAUGAUACAUAAUCAUACCUGCUAUUUCACUAAGUAAGGAAAUGAUUGAUCUCAUCUAAGCAGAGAAAUACUGAUGGAUUUUCUGUGAAGUUUAGAAGAGAGAGGAGGGAAAUCCUAUGUGCAUUCAUCCGCUCUUCACUUAUUGCCCCUGCUAAUACAAUCAUGUGACCUGAGCUAUGAUUCCAACACGAACAGUGGACAUAAUAACAUGAACACCCAGAAAAUAUAAUGCAAUACAUCCAGUAAAUACUUUUGUGAAGCCUAUAUUGUUCCGUUUCUUGAUGGCUGAAGAGUUUUUAUUCUAAGGUGUUUCUGAUACAGUUCCUGUUUGUUCGCCUGAAGGACAGGUGUUCACGUUAUUGUGUCCACCACCUGUAUGAAUGUGGGACUUAAUAUGUAGUGAAUAAGACUGUUUUUUUUUCUUUCUGUAAAGCAUUUAAAACAUUGUCAACCCCACAGUUACUGCUACACAGAUUGUGUUGUUAGAAUGUCAAAGGUUUUAAAGUGUUUGACUUCAAAGAGCAAAUAUGACUAAUCAUUAAGAUUAUUAAAGUGUCAUCAAUUCUGACUUUAAAGAGAAAUAUUCACUAAAUGGUCUGUGGCUUCAUGUUCUUUUUCUGUAUGCAUUGCUCUAAACUACAUUAUAGUGUGUCGCUAAUAUAUUUCCAUACCAACAUAUCAUGCUGUGAGAACCUUAACCUAUACUAUGAAUGAAUGUACAACGGGCCAAUGUUUUGUUUUUCACAGCCUACCUGCAUGACAUUGGGUAAAGAUUCUUUUUUUUUUCUUUAUUUAGUCUGCUAAGCAGCCAUACAGAUGUUUAUAAAUUAAUGCCUUAAGUUUGCUCCGUGUAUGAACAGUUACAUCAUCACAAUAACCUGCGUUUUUUUUUUUAUUUAUAAAUGUGUUUUGUAUUUAAUUUUGGCUCCCUGGUCACAGAGUAAAGGUUUGUACCCUGACUGACUGACUGACUGGUCAUUUGAGUGUUCUGUGAAGAUGUACAAAUAAAUUUGUUAAACAUUCA